AAUAUUCGUUUGGCAGUAAUUUUUAUUUACCUAAAAAACGAAACAACCAUUUCUCCAAAUUCUCAAAGCAACACCAUCAUUUAACCAUAUGGAUUUGAACUGAACUGAACCGAACCGAACAAACUUAACUGUCCCCGGUUCAUGUUUGAUUUAGAAUCUAUUUAAAUUUGGUUUGGUUUGAUAAUCGGUUAGUUUAAUUUCUUUUAUAAACAAAUCAUAUCAAAUUCAACCAAAUUCUGAACAAGAACUAACUGAAAUAACCAAAAACUAUUUAAAAUCCCAAUCAAUUUAAAUCGAACACCUAAUCAUAACCAAAACCGAAACCUUAGUUAAAAUCCGGUAGAAUCUCCACAAACCAAAACCAUCCGAAUACUAAACCAAACCAAACCAAAUCCAAUCGAAUUUAUUUUGGUUCAGUUCGUCACAAUUUUAACCGAAUCAAACUAACAAACCAAACUUCUACCGAACCCGCAGUCCUAAAGUAUCAUCUCCAAUCAAACGGAGCUUUUAUCAUUUUCAAAAUCAAAUCGACGGCGACGAUGAGCGCAUCUCAUCCGAAUCACGAUUCGGUAUCAACAACCGUAAUGGAGACGGUGAACGGAUCGCACCAAUUCACGAUCAAAGGCUACUCUCUCGCCAAAGGCAUGAGCCCGGGGAGGUACAUACAGAGCGACGUCUUCUCCGUGAACGGAUACGACUGGGUGAUCUACUUCUACCCCGACGGGAAGAACCCCGAGGAGAACUCCACCUACGUCUCUCUCUUCAUCGCCUUGGCGAGCGAUUCGAGCGACAUUAGGGCUUUGUUCGAGCUGACGCUGAUGGAUCAGAGCGGGAGAGGGAGGCAUAAGGUUCAUAGUCAUUUCGAUCGGGCGCUUGAAGGAGGGCCUUAUACGCUUAAGUAUAAAGGGAGUAUGUGGGGUUACAAACGCUUUUUAAGAAGAACAGCUUUGGAAGCAUCUGACUACUUGAAGGAUGAUUGUCUUAUCAUCAACUGUACUGUUGGCGUCGUUAGAGCUCGCCUUGAGGGUCCUAAACAGUUUGGCAUUGUGCCACCACCUUCAAACAUGGGUCAGGGAUUGAAAGACUUGUUAGACUCUGAACUUGGCUGCGACAUUGCUUUCCAAGUCGGAGAUGAGACUUACAAAGCUCACAAACUGAUCCUCGCAGCACGCUCGCCGGUCUUUAGAGCUCAGUUCUAUGGACCAGUUGGGAAUAACAGUGUGGAUAGAGUAGUCAUAGAGGACAUGGAGCCUUCAAUCUUUAAGGCUAUGCUUAGCUUCAUCUACACGGAUGUACUUCCUGAUGUGCAUGAGAUUACAGGGUCUACUUCUACCGCUUCGUUCACGAACAUGAUACAGCAUCUAUUGGCAGCUGCUGACCUCUAUGACCUUGGGAGGUUAAAGAUACUGUGUGAAGCUUUUCUAUGUGAAGAACUAAACGUUGAUAAUGUGGCAACAACACUUGCACUAGCUGACCAACACCAGUUCUUGCAGCUCAAAGCCUUCUGCUUAAAAUUUGUUGCAUCUCCAGCAAAUUUGCGAGUCAUGUGUUUUGCUGCAGCCGUAAUGAAGUCAGAAGGUUUCAAGCACUUGAACCAGAGCUGUCCCUCUGUGUUGCCUGAGUUGCUAAACACAGUUGCAGCAGCGGAUAAGAGCUCGACGUCGUCGAGUGGACAGUCAAGCAAGAAAAGAAGUGUGAGCAGUGUGUUGGGCUGUGAUACAAGCACAACAAAUGCGAGACAGGUGAGGAGGACGUAGGUAGGAUCGACCCAAGUGCAAGUAAUGCUUUAGUCUGAUGCUACUUUGCUAGACUUUUUACUUAUUGUAAUGAAAAUAAUUGUUUGUAGUAUGUCUACAGUUAGUGUAAAGCUUUAGGCAAUGGAACAUCUGUUUUGCUUUGCGUGUUUGUAAAAGCUUUGGAUAAUACUAGGUUAAAAGCUUUGGAGUUAAUAGUCUUUUUUGUUGCAUCUCAUCGUUAAAGUCGCCAUUGAGUCUUUGUUUCGUCUGAAAAGCUGCCGUGAGAUGCAAGUUUGAGGGUUUUCUCUUUUCUU